AUGGCGCUUCUUCUCCCGAGCUGCCAGGCACUGUCCCAGGCCCAGCGACGCAUGCCGGAGCACUGGACCAACGAGGACCAGGUCAUGCUGGACUACGUGCAGGCUGAGUCCAGCGCACGAGGAAAGUUCCCCAUCCAGGACGUGCACGUGUGGAAACUCCACGGCUUUCGGCCGUAG